GACGCGAGGGAAGGAAGCGUGGAGGCAACAGCUGCAGGAAGGAGGAAGGAGAAUAUCUGCAAAGAGCAAACCUUUUUUUCCUGCAGGAUUUCUUUGUGCGGAGACCAGCGAGCGCCGUCGAGGCGAGGAACCGGUUUUUUUUUUGUUUCUUUUUUUUUCCUUCCCUGCCUGCUGACGCUGGUCUGCUAGCUGUGAUGCAGGAGGCAUGCUGGGGAGCGUGAGGGGAGCGCUCACGAUGGAGAGCUCCAAGGCGUACGGCCAAGCGGACGGCAAGGCCCUGGGGGCCAAGAGGGCCAAACCCGGGGGGCCUCAGAGCGCCCAGCGGGGAGAACUCAAGGUCUACCGUGCGGGCAGUUCUGAGGGCAGGCUCCCGGUGGCCUCCAGCCUGCGCAAGCAGAGGUCCAUGACCAACCUGGCGGUGCUGACUGACGCGGAAAAGAAGCUGCACCUGUACGAGCCCAGGUGGUGCGACGACAUGGCCAAGCAUGGCGGGCUGAGGAAGCCGGCCAAACCCGUGGCCAAGGUGGCGGGGGGCGGCGCCCCGCUUUCUCGAAACCUCUCCAAAUCGGAGCACUCCCUCUUCCAGGGAAAACCCAAGCCCUUCGCCCCUCUGGCCGCCCCCUCCGCCCCCGUCAAGCAGAGUCGGAUACCACGGGCUCCGUUCGCAGAGGUGAAGCCCCUCAGCAAGGCCCCCGAGGACCCCAGGUCUGAUGACGAGAUCCUCUCCAGCAAGGCCAAGACCGCCACCAGGAAAGCGGGAGCCGGCGAGUCGGGCUCCAAGGGUCAGGGCGAGGAAGGAGGCGACAAAGCCUUCCUGAAGGUGGACCCUGAGCUUGUGGUGACGGUGCUGGGAGACCUGGAGCAGCUGCUCUUCAGCAAGAUGUUAGAUCCUGAGUCGCAGAGGAAGCGCACGGUUCAGAAUGUCCUCGACCUCCGCCAGAAUUUGGAAGACACCAUGUCGAGUCUGCGAGGCUCCCAGCUCAGCCACAGCUGUUUGGAGAGCAGCAACGUGGCAUACGACAGCGACGAGACCAACGCCCGCAGCAUGUCCAGCCUCUCCAACCGCUCCUCGCCGCUGUCCUGGCGCCACGGCCAAUCUAGCCCUCGCCUGCAGGCGGGCGACGCCCCGUCCUCCACGGCGGGAGGAUACCAGGGGGUCAAGACCACCUGCCAGACCAUGCCCGCUCGCUGCUCGGGCCGCCUCAGCAGCACGUCGCGCAUUGAGCUGCUGGACGGGCUGGAGGAUGGCGAGCUGAAGUCCCGUUACCUGAGCGACAGUGACCUUCUGGGAAAGUGCCUCCGGGAUGAUGAGGACAACAUCGCUAAUGGCUGGGAUGAAAGCAGCUCCAUCAGCAGUGGUCUCAGUGACGGUUCAGACAACCUCAGCUCGGAGGAGUUCAACGCCAGCUCGUCCCUGGGCUCCCUCCCCAACACGCCCCUAGGGUCCAGACGCAACUCCUCAGUGAUGCUCCGCACCGACGCCGAGAAGCGCUCCCUGGUGGAGAGCGGACUCUCCUGGUACAGCGAGGACGGCAAAACGGGCCACAAGCCGGACGCCUGCGGGCCCUCGGACGCGGGCGGUCUCAAGAUGGAAGCGGCCAGCAAGUGGAGGAAGAAGCCUCCUAGCCUGAGUGAGGACCUGGGGGCCAGAGGGGACCCGAGGAAGCCCCAGAGUUUGGGCGCACCGGGGAGCUUCAAGAAGAGCCGGAACCCUCCGGUGGGAGUGACCUCGCCCAUCACGCACACAUCUCAGAGCGUGCUGAGAGUAGCAGGUAAAUAA